GCUAUCAUCGCUCAAUUUUCAUUAAAUCUGUCUCAAAUUUUGAACGCACUUUGUUGGGCCACAAACUCAAUUGAACCGGGCUUCAUUGUUUUGGAAACUCUCUGAAUCGUCUGCUUUCCAGAAUUUUGCAAGAAACUUUUUAAAUUGGAUGUGCAGUUGAAUGGGUUUACUUGGACUGAUCAGAAAAUUCAAAAAUCAGCCAGGGAAAGAAUUCAGGAUAUUGUUGCUUGGCUUGGAUAAUGCCGGUAAAACGACAAUAUUGAAGCACUUAGCUUCGGAGGAUAUCAAACAUAUUACUCCUACGCAGGGCUUCAAUAUUAAAAGCGUAGUGUCAGAUGAUGUGAAAUUGAACGUAUGGGAUAUUGGAGGGCAGCGAAAGAUUCGUCCGUACUGGAAAAAUUAUUUCGAAAAUACCGAUGUUUUGAUAUAUGUAAUCGACAGCUGUGAUCGUAAACGAUUUGAUGAAACAGGCAUGGUAAAAAGUAUUCCUGACCAGUUCUUUAAAUCAUUGAUCACUUAA